AUGUCCUCAACUUGCAAUUUAUGGGAACGUUUCUUUAGUUUAGGUAUGCGCUCCGAAGACAUCGGAGAAACUGCGACCGGUCAUCCGAAAUGCAGAAAAUCGAGCCUCAUUCACGACCUUGGGCAAAAGAUAUUAGACAAGGCUAAUCUAAUUCUCCGGUCACGACUGCUAACUUCCCACUGGAUCUCGAGCAGCCGUUUGGUCUUGGCAUGUAUGAUUAGGUUCAAAAUGUAAAACGAUCGCUAGGGAGUCUAUCCUUUAUAUUGACUAGUGCAUUUUCUGGGCAUGCGGUCACAAGACUUUUAUUCAUACUCUCGGUGAUUGAGUUUUACCGAUUUUUCGUUACUUCUAGUUGAAGAGUAACCCACUUCAGUAAAGUCGCCUGAUGGACGAACCCAACACGUGCCUCCUAAGAAGAUAAUGAUUGCACGGUCUUCCAGUCGCUGUAGUAGACGUGGGACAUGAUUUACAAUGUAUUUCGCGGUACUUCCUUUGGUUUUACAGAUUCCCUCACAUAUCACAAUAGUUUUCAGUAAUAACAGUCAUUCGUUAUCGCGACGAAUAUUUUGACCUGUAAUUUUUACCUCCUUUCUUUGUCAUUCAGUGCAUCAUUCUUAGACUGCAUCGUGCUUGCAGUUAGCGUGAAUCUUGAGUCUUUUUUCAGGGACAUCAAAAUGUCCUCGCUAUGCCAAUGUCGAAUUGCUUGCGGAUAAGCUGGCCUUCAAUCUGCCCAAUUUCAAAGUCUCGAAGCUCGUCCUACAGGCAGAAGAAUGGACAGUUAGUUGUAUUUCCCUUUAAACUGUUAUAUUUUCUAGAAGUUUGCCAGUCAGCUUGCGCAUGAAAAUCGGUGGCCUUUGCUUCCAUCUCCCAUAAUCUGGAGAGAACUAGUUGAUCGCGGCGGCAUGAGUACCUUGAUUGGCGGCGCUAAAGACUUCCAGGAGUAUGCGAAGGCCUACUACGACCAGGAGUCCUCUUUUACAACGCAGCAGUUGAUGGGCUUUGUGGAAGACAACAAGCGCUACAAAAGACAGGACAUCGAAUUAGCACUGUCAUACAAGCCCUCUCGCCCUUUACCAAAGAUCGUUACUAUCAUCGGUGCCGACUCCCACUGUGCUCACCGGCUCUUAAUGCUUCUGACUCUGCGGAAAGAGGUUAAGGCGGAGAACAAGAUCAGCCUCCGUCUUUUUUCUGAGGACCCGACGAAGGCCGCGUGUCUUGACGAGGUCAAGUCCCAAGUUGAAGAUAGCGCUUGCCCGAGCAUCCAGUCUGUGAAUGUGGAGUAUACUCUAAUGUCAGCUGUCAAAGAUGCGUCUUUGAUUGUUUUACUAGAUGUAGUUCCGCGACUGCACUUUCAUCGAAGUUCAUCUUACCAGACGGCAAACAGCUCUUACGCUGUCCUAGAACCAAGGGAGGCGUGGCUUUCGCGGCGUUUUGUGUUCUUACAUCGCCUGGGAUUACAUGUCGCACAACACUGUCCAGCCGAUGUCAAGGUUCUCGUGGCCGGUUCCUUGAGGCUCUUCGAGAAGGCUGAACUCGUCGCCGCACCAAUAAAUUUUGAUGUGCAGGCCCUGUUUACUGCUUGUGGCGGAAAGUUGGCAACCAGAAAUAUUGUCGGCCUUGUCAGGCCUCUGGAAUGGCGUUUGAAGGCCGCGAUCGCAAAGAAAUUGGGUGUACGCUGCUGUGAUCUUGUUGAUUUGAUUGUCUGGGGCAAUAUUGAUCAUCGUUUCCACGUGGACAUUUCGAGGGCACGUAUUUAUCGACGACACGGCAAGGACGAUGCAAUUAUCGGUCCCUCCUGGUUCAACCUCGAUGCGGAGCCUCUGAUAUGGGAUGCUGAGUGGCUGAAAGAAAACUUUGUGCGGGAAGCCGUUGAGAAGAUGAAGGUACCCGCCCGCUACCAAGCUGCGUACUGCCACGCGAGUGCCAUCGCCAGUUUCAUUGAUCAGUGGCUGUUCGGAAAGGUGGAAAGGGAGGAGAUGCUCGAAUCUCUGGUCCUCAUUUCCGAUGGUCAGACUCAGUGGUACCAUCCUAUGCUUAAAUACUGUUCAUUCAUCAGUCGUUUAGAUGUAUCAUGGUAACUUUAGAAUGAACCGCUAUCCCCCACGAAAUCCAGGAUAUCAACAUUGGACCACAACUCUAGGGUCAUAUCACUUUGAAUAUAUUGAGGACUGCAAACAAGUGGUCCGGUUAAAAUUUAGAUUUAAUCCAUUGUGCAGUCGGCAAUCUCUUGAAAGCACAAGUUAGCAAAUGAAUGUUUAUCUCUCGCUGACUUCUAAUUUUAUUUCUGAGUUAUUCUUACAAGAAAAUCUCAGGAGUUCAUAGUCAUCUCCCAAUUUUUUAUAUUUCAAGGCUGUUAUGGUGUGCCUCGGGGUGUAGCAUUUUCAUUUCCCGUUACAAUGAACCCAUCCGGGUGUUUUGCUGCUAUUGAGGACAUUCCGAUGGACGCUGAUAAGCAGACGGCUAUCAAUAUGUGUAUAAAGGUGGGUUAAUCUGCCUGCUCAUUUCCCAACCUUUUCUUAACUUCUCCACAGACUCAACCUGACUGGAACGACAGGCCAGAUACUCUCAUGAAGAAAACGCCCUGAAGGCCAUGGUCAUUUAUUAGUUGUCCUGCGUAUCAGGGUAUCCAUAACUAACAUAGCGGCGAAUUAUGGUUCCGUCCUCACAAGUUUUGAUGCAGGGCUCCUUUAUUGUGGCCUAAACACUUAGGAGGCAAGCCCGGCCAACCCUUUCUCGAUGAAGAUGAAUGAUGUAUCAUACCGAUAGCACAGGCAUCAGCUGAAAGCUGGUUAUUAUAACUUGACAGAGCUGGGCCUGGCAGGUUCUUGCCUGUUCGUGACCUCUUUCACGCAUGCAGAACAUGUUUGCCUGCAGAAGUUAAUGGAUCGGUGUUCUGUUGGGAAAAAUCCGGUGUUUUAAGCUCUGCGCGUUUUUGGAUUCUGUGUAAUAAAUCUAUGGUUGACCGCACUGAGCUCCACUGCUUUUCAUACCUCCCAUCUCUCACGUAUUUUUGUGAGAAUCCUAGGUAUCAAAAGUCCCCAUUGUAGCUCACAUUUACGUUUUGUUAGCGCAAGUAACGAUCCGCACACUACGCAAGUCUGCAUUUUCAUGUUUGUGCUUUACAUAGGUAAGGCCCUAUCAUAAGUCUGUGGAAGCCUGUAAUGAUGUGGUGUUUCACCUCCUCCCCUCCCCCUCCUCCUCGCUUUGCUUAGGAUGUGCUGGAGGACUGGGCGGUUGUCAACCCGGUGCUCCUGGAGAACUACCUGGAUGAAAUAAAUCGUUUUGGCAACGCAAUUCCUCCUGCGGCGCUGAGUGACGAGGUGACCCUUGAAGUCGAUCCUGAGGCCAAAGCCUAG